GUGCUCUGCUGUGUGUGUCAUUUUUGCAUGUGUGUAUUUGCCUUACUGACGACAGAAGUGCAGGUUCGGGCAGGGUGUGUGUGUGUGUGUGUGUGACGCUGUGUGUGUGUGAGGGGAGGUUCCUUAGCUCCUAGCUCCAUGUCAUUCAUACAGUCACACACUCAGGAGGUCCAAACACACACAAACACACACAGGGGGAGAGAGGAGACAACGGCAAGAGAUCAGCUGCUGAAGCACAAGAAGAAAAAGAGUGGAAGAAGAAAAAAAAAAAAACGAGAAAGUGAAAAGAUGACAAUCGGCAAGAACUCUGGGAGAAGCUCCGUGCGGGCGCCAAAGUUCCUCGACAAAUCCAGUGGCUUCUACGGUCGCCUCGAUGAGCCCGAGGCCGCCGGACAAGGAGAGGAGGUGAGGGGAGAGGAAGCAGAGGAGGUGUGCAACAGGACGGGGGACAGCCGCCGGGACGGGAGUGUGGUGCACCCCACCAGGGCAGACGAGAGGGAGGAGGUCGGGGCGUUUGACCUCGAUGAAGGGAUGAUGGAGGAUGACGGGGAGACUCUCCUCCAGAGGAAACCCAGCCGCCGUAGCAGCAGGUGGAGAAGGAGCUCCAGGAGGAAGCAGGGGGCGGGGAGAGGCGAGGAGGGUGAGAGCCCAGCCGACGCGCCCGCCCCGCGGGACACCAGGGGGAUGAUCCCAGAUGAGAUGGAGGAAGUGAAGAAGACGGAGGAAGAGGAGGAGAAGGCCGCCGGGGGGAAGGAGCCUGAGGUUGUUCACUUCCCGAUUCGGGGGGAUGCUGAUGACCAGGUGCUGAUCCGAGACAAGAAGAGGGGGCGAGAAGAGGAAGGAGAGGAGGAGAGGAGGAUGAAGAGGGAACAAGAGGAGGGAAUGAAGGUGGUGAAGAGGAACUCGGUGAAGAAUUACCGCAAGGCCUUGGACCGAGCCUUCCGUCGGGGCUGGGAGGCCUUCAUCACCAACCUCUACAGCGUCACGCUCACACCUGUGACCUCAUCAUCCCCGCCGUCUUCUUCGCCAUCGCUUAAGAAGAAAGUGCAACACAAAUCUGUGUUGGCUGAGUUUCAGUAGAUCCUCCGACCUUUUAUGGACAAUAAAACGCACGCUUUUCUGGCAUUUGUUUUUUCCGAUGAGGAAUGCGAGUCACACGUUAGACCUCAAAAAACCUCAUUCUGAGGUCCGUCGUGAUUACUCAUCAUUAUUGCAUGUCAUUGUGACGUUUUACUGCCUUGUCUCAUUGUGGCGCACUUUAGUUUAAACUGCAGGGAUUCACUGUUGCUUCUACCGUGAAGUCCUUUGUGUGACUGAGUUCAGCUGCUAUGUGUCCACUUUCGGAUUAAGUCUUAACAAUCUUAGCUCCUUAAAUUUGUACCACUAUCAAGAGUUUAGAGUGCAAAUAAUCUUUGGUUUAGCGCUGUGAAACUUCAAUGGAGUUGAUGUGCAACCAAAAAGAACAGAAAUGUUUGACUGCAUGAGCAAUGACCGAUUAGUGGAGUUUAGUGGAGGAGACAUUUGUGUACGUAAACCAGUGCCAUUUAUUGCUGCGUGACAGUUAAUCAAUAAUAAGAGUAGAAACAACACACCUAUCUCUUUAGAAUUUUCUUAUGGUAAUAAGUGAUUUAAUAUAUUAAUAAAAUCCACAUUGUUACAAUGAAAAUAUAAUAUUUAUUUUAAGAGUCCUGCUGUAAUUACCUUUCAUCCACCUUAUCUACCCCUUGCAAACCAGAUUAAAUACGUCGGAAAAAUAGUUGUGGUUGUAUAUAAUGAUUAUCUAAAAAUGUUUUUAAUAAAAAUCCCUUUCCAUCUUAAUCAAAGCAUAUUCUGUCAUGAGAGAGUCAAAGAAGCACUUUUAUGAAUAAAAAAGACUUAA